AUGUAUCACCAAAGAACUUCUCUUAGUACAACAACUACUAAUAAUUCAUUAACUCAAUCACGUACAAAUUCGCCUUUAACAGCACGACGUACACUUCCAUCAUCAGCUCGUUUUUUUUCACAACAACAAAGACAACAACAACAUCAUAUACAAAGUGAUCAAGAUGCUGUCCAACCGUAUUCAUCAGAUUUUGACGUUUUCGAAUCGAAUUCCUAUCAUCGAAAUGUUUCUUCAAGAAUUACAGCUUCCGAUCCUGAUUAUAUUUCAUCAUCACCAUCAACUAAACGAAAACACGCUGAAUCUUCACUUGAUUAUGGAAAGCAAAUUGAUGAUAUUAGCAAUUAUUUGAAAACUGUUAUGAAACAACAAGAACUUAUUGUUGAUGAUCUUCAGUCACUUCGUAAAAGUAAUAAAAAACUUCAAGAAAUGACGGUUGUAUUAAUUCAUGCAAAUCAACUUGAACAAGUAUCAGCUAAAAAACCAAUUGAAUUACCAAUCUACAAAUACAAAGAAAAAAAUCUCUUUGACUCAAUAUCUCCUGAUUUAUCAAUAACUGGCAUUCAUUGUAAAUUAAUUCGUAAGCUGUAUUCAGAAGAAGAAAUAAUUAAUGGUGAAGCAAAACAUGAAGAAGAUGAACGAUUUGAUGUUGUAAAAGCCAUGGUUGCUGCUUUUUUUGAAAACAAACCAGAAAAAUUUGACUCUUAUUGGAAACAUGUUGGUAGUAAACAUGUUGGUGGACAAAAACGGGCUGCUCGAAGUCGAAGUAAAAAAGCUCGGCGAAAUCAAGAUGAAUCUGAUCAAAUGGCUGCUCCUGUCAUGGCUAACAUAAACAGUGAAUUAAACAAUCAAAAUAAAUUGAAUUAUGAACAUUAUGAUGAUGAUGAUUAG